AUGGCCGAAGAGUUUGAUAACACAAUGCCUUACCUAGAUGGUGAGCUAUACGGGAAGAUUCGAGCGUACCAUCUCGCUCAUCAAUUGACACAAUCCGCUAAGUGGAAGAGCCGCAUAGUCUCCAGCUCUAAAAGAAGGGAUUACGACCGUCUGCAUGAUAAUAAGGCAUAUAAACCACUUUGUGAAGCUCUUGAUUUGAUGCUCCAAUUUCCUGCUGUACUUGCUGGAUUCAAUUUAGGAAGUCUUCGCCGAUUCUUCAGGAUGAAGUGUGCAGAGGAGCUAGCAGCAUCUGUACGAUAUAUCUAUAUAAUAUGGACGGAGAUUAUGUGUGGACUCCCAGGUCAUCUCCUUGAUAUGACUUCGGUCAAUUAUCUUCAAGGCCGCACUCCUCGAUGGUCGCCUGCUGACAGAAGCUACAUUGAUGCCCUUUUCGAAAAUAGGGCACUGUUUGCAGAUGUACAAGAUCCUGUUCAUCGUAACCUGCUAAGAGAGCGACUAUUCGCUUUCAAUGGCAUCAUCCCGUCUAUUACUACGUUUCUAGAAAACACCAAAUACCUCGAGCCCGCAGCUAUAUUACUCAGGGCUCUCGUUCCUAGCAAGUUCACGGGAACACUGCGUCAGCAGAUGAUGCAACAUUUUAGCCAAAAUACGGUCUCAAACGUGGAGUUCUGGCCAGAGUACCAGCGCCUCUGGCUUGUAGCUCUUCGUGUAUUCCCUUAUUUGACCACUUUCAAGCCCUUACAGGACAAAAGGAGUUUUAAAGCGGAAUAUACUGGGAAUUACUGGGGCUUUCUCGCACGGUCCGCAAUAAAUCACGGCUUUGACUCUACAAAGAUUAGACAGACUGACAAGAACUAUCCAACAUCAGACAGACUACCUGAGAUCGUCAGAGACCCAAGAUUAUCUACCAGCGUGGAGGAGAGAUGGAAGUUAGGGAGGAGGUGUGGUAUGCCAACAGAGAGUAUGUUUGAUAACAUCAGUCCAUAUAUGUGUUUAGAAAACAUACAAUGUACACUGCUACCGGACCCUGGUGUGGCAGCGAUCAGCGUCUUUGCUGUAGCACGUGAAGCCUUCUUGUCAUUCUUUCAUGGAGAUGGGGGGCAUACUCUCGAUUCCCUCUCCCAAGCACCGCCAAUCCCGGGGGCUCCAGAAAAUGUCUCAGCAGAUGGAUCUAGUGUUGACACGAUAAUGCAUCCAGACGACGACGUGGAUAUGUCGCAAGAUAUUUCGACGCCCACAAAUCGACAACCUGCAACAAAUCAAUUGACUAGGCCGCUAGCCCUUCCCCCAGUGCCACCCAAUCCACCCAUUGGCCAACCACAGACCUCUGGAGAGGUGACCCCUUUCCCCGGGAGUCCUGGAUUGCAUACUACUGGAAUAUAUAAUGCAUCAUCGGACCAUAGUCCAUUUCCUGCAGCGGAUGCACUCAACAUGCAACCAGCCCUGAUCGCGCGACCACAUGAUAUAUCUGCUGGCUGGAAUCCACAGUCUGGAACACCGCUGACUACUCUUUCCCAAUCUCUCGUACAUUCGAGCUCAAGAACACCUAACCCGCACUUGUGGGCGGCUUCUGUGCCCAGGGAAAAGGUGGACCUUCGACCCAAAGACAUUAAAGACCAUCUUAAGAACAGAGAGGAAAGAUUUGCCAUUUAUGCAUAUGACAGGUCUAUUUUGCACUUUUUUGACAGGCAGCAAUUCUGUCUAUUGGAGAACUUUCUUCAUGGAAAGGAGCGUUGGUGGUUCGCGGCUUAUGAAGGGGACAGUCUCAUUACAAUCGACCACAAAUCACUGCAGUCCUAUUUGGAACGGAGUAGUUUUGUGAUAUGUGGGUAUGACCCGAGUAACUUCCUUUAUGCGCAGAGAAAUGAGCCUGGGCCAGGCCUACGCUUACUGGGCCUACGCUCAUUAGGCCUACGCUCAUUAGGCCUACGCUCACUGGGCCUACGCUCAUUAGGCCUACGCUCACUGGGCCUACGCUCACUGGGCCUACGCAUACCUGGGCCUACGCAUACCUGGGCCUACGCUAUAGAUGAAAGAUUGCAGGCCUACGCUUACUGGGCCUACGCUCAUUAG